AAUUUGGUUAAAAGGGUCUGCGGCCUUUCAGCAGCAGCUUAUCAAGUUAAUUUGGUCUGAUCCGCCUUAUUUUGCCUUUGGCACGCGGGAGGAAUUGUAUUCUGGAAAAGCGCCGAUGGUUUAUGAGCCAAACCUGCCUUGGUCCUUUUAUAACCAAUCAUGCGUGGGCAGUUACUUUAACAAAUACAGCCUGUGUCUUUAUAAUCACGCGUGAUUGCAAAAAUUAAAGAUAUGCCUAUUUUUAAUUUAAUUUUAUGCGAGAAACGAUCUUAACCUAAAAUACGUCUGUAGACUUGUAAAUAUUCUGGUGCCUAUAAUGAGGAUCACGUGACUCAAAGGCCGUAAGACAACCUCUGAAAUUAAUAACAGUAACUAACUGAUAUAAAACGCAUUUUAUUUUCCUGUUGGUUUGAUUAUUUCUUUUUAAUUUCUAGUCAGUUCUUUAAUUUUAAUAAACUGGGCAUCUUGAACUAGAAAAUUGUUGACUUCAUGAAAGGACUCGGCGCCUGUAGAUGUUUUUGUCCACAACUUCACAUUUUGCUGAAUCACAUGUUAAUGGAUAAAACGGCUCCUCACUUAAGACCUCUUUUCAACGUGAGUGUAAUAUUAAGGCCUAUUCUCUGUUACCGAACCCGGAGGAGCCGGUCCACCGCCGGCGCUGGUUGUGAUUUGUUUGACACGGUGCAGCGCCGCAGCCAAUGAGCGCGCCGCGUGUGACAAGUGGAGGCAGAGCGCGCGGUGUGAGCAGAGCCACAGCGCGCUCUGAAGGAGAGCAACACACUCCGACAGCCGCUUCACAACCCCGGGAGCAGACGAGCACUGGACUGGUUGUUCUGGACCGAGACAAAAGGAGGAAGAAACGGCCCAGUUUAAAGGAUUUAUUAUUGUUUUUAUUAUAAUUUUCAGCCUCUGUGUCAGGAGUUCCUGUGUCAAUUUCCUCUGAGUGAAUCUUGGCUCGUCAUGCGUCUUGUCUGUUUCAGUUGGACUCUACGUUUUGAGCUCUGAGCGAUCUGGAUCCUGCAGCUGGGAUGUAGCGGAGGGCAAACCCACACAAACCAGCUCCACCGCCUUUUCAUCAGACAGGAAUACAGCGACAUUUAAAAAGGUUGAUGUCGGUUUAUGGAAACUGAGACACUUCUCUGAAAGUCUCCUGACUCUUUAACGUUGAUGGUGGGUUGCCUUAUGAUGACUCCCGCCCGGAGGUCUUAGCUGACCCUUCUUAUUUCCCUCCACACCACUGCCCCUCACCCCAAUGAUGACUAUGAGCUCUAUUUCGGACACUUUAGUCCCGCCUGAUCCCUCCAAAUCGGCGUUUUUGGAGUUUGGCGGUCACGGCUACCCCGGACACCCCGGACACCAGCAGCAUUCCCCCGGUUUGUCCCACAACCAUUAUCCGGUCCACGGUCUUCACACCGUCGGGCCCUCGCAGCACGACGGGCCCUUUUCCUCUGGUGCAUCCUCAUACGGUCGCCCGCUGGGAUACCCUCCCUACCACAGCCCCGUGAGCGCGCACCACCCUGGCCCCUACCUGCCGUACCAGCACGGGGGUCACGGCGGCGCGCUUGGACACACCAGACUGGAGGAUGCGGAGCACGAGAAGCCCACAGCGGUGAUAGAGAACGGGGAGGUGAGGCUCAACGGGAAGGGGAAGAAGAUCAGGAAGCCUCGGACCAUUUACUCCAGCCUACAGCUCCAGGCGCUCAAUCAGCGCUUCCAGCAAACCCAGUACCUCGCCCUGCCCGAGAGGGCCGACCUGGCAGCCAAACUGGGCCUGACGCAGACCCAGGUUAAAAUAUGGUUCCAAAACAAACGAUCCAAAUACAAGAAGAUCAUGAAGAACGGACCCUGUGGACCCGAGGGAGACCACCUAGCCCCCCCACCGCCGUCCUCCUCCUCUCCUUGCUCUCUGUGGGACAUCAGCAUGGCUGCCAAAGGCGCACCGGUGCACUCUGGAGGAUAUAUGAACAAUUUUGGACACUGGUACCCAGGACACCAGCAGGACUCCAUGCCAAGGACUCAGAUGAUGUGACAGACAAGAGGACGCAACUCUUCUGGGACAAGUUACGGAUUUAUGCCAGAAAGCUGACUGGUGCUGUUAGGGACACAGAUAUGGUCUGAGCCACUCUGGAGGCAGAAAUGGUAGAACUGUCAGAGAUGUAGUGCGGUGAACAGGUAUUGUUUAUAGCAGAGAUGCAGCGAUUGCAGUUUUCUUAGGCAGAUUCCAAUUUCCGAUCUCCUGACCUGCCGAUUCCGAUUUUGGCCGAUUCCAGUUUUCUGUCUAAGAACUAUAACUGACAGCUACACAAACAUUUUGUAACUUUCCUUUAAUGGACAAUUCAAUUGUAUAUUCAUAAUAAAACAUUGACUAAAUAACUGGGUGAAGGGCUCUCUCUCUCUCUCUCUCUCUCUCUCUCUCUCUCUCUCUCU